CGGGCGACCGGCCCGGGGCCGCUGAGUGUGACUGACGGGGCCGGGGGUCGGGGGCCGCCGGGCGCUCCGGCGUCGGCGGCUCCGCGCGGACCAUGUAUUUCCUGAGCGGCUGGCCCAAGAGGCUGCUCUGCCCCGUGGGGAGCUCGGCCGAGGCGCCUUUCCACAUCCAAGCGGACCCUCAGAGGGCUUUCUUCGCCGUGCUGGCUCCGGCCCGCCUUAGCCUCUGGUACAGUCGACCUAGUGUAUUAAUUGUAACCUACAAGGAACCUGCAAAAUCAUCUACUCAGUUUGGAUUCUAUAAACAAGCUGAAUGGAGGCCAGAUAGUACCAUGAUAGCUGUUUCAACGGCAAAUGGCUACAUCUUAUUUUUUCAUAUUACAUCUUCAAGAGGGGACAAAUACCUUUAUGAACCAGUGUAUCCCAAAGGAAGUCCACAAGUGAAGGGGACACCCCAUUUUAAGGAAGAACAGUGUGCUCCAGCAUUAAAUUUAGAGAUGAGGAAAAUAUUGGAUUUGCAGGCACCCAUCAUGAGUUUGCAGUCUGUGCUGGAAAAUCUCCUGGUUGCUACUUCUGAUGGACUUCUCCAUCUUAUUCACUGGGAAGGAAUGACAAAUGGAAGGAAAGCCAUUAAUCUUUGCACAGUACCCUUUUCAGUAGAUCUGCAGUCAUCUAGAGUAGGUUCAUUCCUGGGCUUUACAGACGUGCACGUCAAAGACAUGGAAUACUGUGCCACACUUGAUGGGUUUGCUGUUGUGUUUAAUGACGGUAAAGUUGGAUUUAUUACACCAAUGUCAAGUAGAUUUACUGCAGAGCAACUUCAUGGAGUUUGGCCACAAGAUGUUGUUGAUGGAACAUGUGUAGCAGUAAAUAACAAAUAUCGGCUAAUGGCAUUUGGUUGUACGAGUGGUUCUGUGCAGGUUUAUACAAUAGAUAACACCACUGGAGCCAUGUUGCUAUCACAUAAAUUAGAGCUAACAGCAAAACAGUAUCCUGACAUUUGGAACAAAACAGGAGCUGUUAAAUUGAUCAGAUGGUCUCCUGACAAUAGUGUUGUAAUAGUGACUUGGGAAUAUGGAGGCUUUUCUUUGUGGAGUGUAUUUGGAGCCCAACUGAUUUGUACACUUGGAGGAGAUUUUGCUUACAGGUCUGAUGGUACCAAAAAAGAUCCCCUUAAGAUCAAUUCUAUGUGCUGGGGUGCAGAAGGCUAUCACCUGUGGGUGAUCAGUGGAUCUGGUUCUCUACACACUUCAUUUGAGGCUGACCUAAGGAGUAUAGUUAAACAGCCCAGCAUUCUGCUAUUUCAGUUUAUCAAGAGUGUACUCACUGUAAACCCUUGUAUGAGUAACCAAGAGCAAGUGUUGCUUCAGGGAGAGGAUCGCCUGUACUUGAACUGUGGAGAGACCUCACAAUCCCAGAAUCCCAGGAAUUCCUCAGCACACUCUGAGCGUAAGCCCAGGCAGGAAAAGAGCUUAUUUGCAGAUGGAGGUUUAGAGUCUCAAGGUUUAAGCAAUUUACUUGGACAUCGGCACUGGCAUGUUGUACAGAUUUCCAGCACCUAUCUAGAGAGCAAUUGGCCUAUACGGUUUUCAGCUAUUGAUAAACUUGGACAGAAUAUUGCUGUGGUUGGCAAGUUUGGUUUUGCACAUUACUCUUUACUCACCAAAAAAUGGAAACUUUUUGGAAACAUUACUCAGGAACAGAAUAUGAUUGUGACUGGUGGCUUAGCCUGGUGGAAUGAUUUUGUGGUCCUUGCGUGUUAUAACAUAAGUGACCGUCAAGAAGAAGUAAGUUUUUCUUUUUCAUCUCAGAAAGAAUAUUCAAAUACUGCUGCUGAUAUUCAUGUCCUUCAGGAGGUCUCUAUGUCACGCUACAUUCCUCACCCUUUCCUGGUAGUAUCUGUCACUCUGACAUCUGUGAGUACAGAGAAUGGAAUCACCUUGAAAAUGCCACAGCAGGUUCGUGAUGCAGAGAGCAUUAUGCUGAACCUUGCUGGACAGCUCAUCAUGAUGCAGAGGGACAGGUCUGGUCCUCAGAUCCGGGACAAGGCCAGUAACCCCAACCAAAGGAAACUUCUGCCAUUCUGUCCUCCUGUUGUACUAGCCCAGUCUGUUGAAAAUGUCUGGACUACAUGUCGAGCAAAUAAACAAAAACGUCACCUUCUCGAAGCUCUCUGGCUCAGCUGUGGUGGUGCGGGGAUGAAAGUCUGGCUCCCUCUCUUCCCUAGGGAUAACCGCAAGCCACACUCCUUUUUGUCUCAGCGGAUCAUGCUACCUUUCCAUAUCAAUAUAUAUCCCCUGGCGGUUCUGUUUGAAGACGCAUUGGUCCUUGGUGCUGUCAAUGACACUUUACUAUAUGAUUCUUUGUACACUCGGAACAGUGCUAAGGAGCAGCUGGAGGUGCUCUUCCCUUUCUGUGUUGUGGAGAGAACCUCUCAGAUCUACCUCCACCACAUUCUACGUCAACUUUUGGUCAGGAACCUUGGGGAGCAAGCCUUGCUCUUGGCUCAGUCCUGUGCUGCAUUACCUUACUUCCCUCAUGUGCUGGAGCUCAUGCUUCAUGAAGUGCUGGAAGAAGAAGCUACCUCUCGGGAACCCAUUCCCGACCCACUGCUUCCCACUGUGGCAAAAUUUAUUACUGAGUUCCCCCUCUUCCUGCAGACAGUUGUGCACUGUGCCAGGAAGACCGAAUAUGCACUGUGGAAUUACCUUUUUGCAGCUGUUGGAAACCCUAAGGACUUAUUUGAAGAAUGUUUGAUGGCUCAGGAUUUGGACACAGCUGCCUCUUACCUUAUUAUUUUACAGAAUAUGGAAGUCCCAGCAGUAAGCAGGCAACAUGCCACCCUUCUGUUCAACACAGCACUGGAACAGGGCAAGUGGGACCUAUGUCGACACAUGAUUCGAUUUCUUAAAGCCAUUGGCUCUGGAGAAUCUGAGACGCCUCCAUCCACACCUACAGCUCAGGAACCCAGUUCAAGUGGUGGAUUUGAGUUCUUCAGGAAUCGAAGCAUCAGUUUAUCCCAAUCAGUUGAAAAUGCUCCUCCUAGUAAAUUCAGCUUACAGAAAACACUAAGUAUGCCAUCUGGUCCUUCUGGAAAAAGAUGGAGCAAAGAUAGUGACAGUGCUGAGAACAUGUACAUUGACAUGAUGCUAUGGAGACAUGCUCGGCGUCUCUUAGAAGAUGUGCGAUUAAAGGACCUUGGCUGCUUUGCCGCCCAGCUAGGCUUUGAGCUAAUUAGUUGGCUAUGCAAGGAACGUACUCGCGCUGCCCGAGUAGACAAUUUUGUGAUCGCCCUGAAAAGACUCCACAAAGAUUUCCUUUGGCCACUUCCCAUCAUCCCAGCAUCUUCUAUCAGUUCUCCUUUCAAAAAUGGAAAAUACCAAACAGUGGGAGAGCAGUUUUUAAAGUCUCAAUCACCUGACCCUUUUAUAAACCUUGAGAUGGACACUGGUGUCUCUAACAUGCAACGGAGUCAGAGCUGGCUCAGCAACGUUAGCCCAACCCAUAAUGAGAUAGACACAGCCUCAUCCCAUGGACCACAAAUGCAAGAUGCCUUCUUGUCACCUUUAUGUACUAAAGGUGAUGAAUGCAGCAUUGGUUCAGCCACAGACCUGACUGAAAGUAGCUCCAUGGUAGAUGGAGACUGGACCGUGGUGGAUGAAAAUUUCUCCACACUCAGUUUGACCCAGUCAGAGUUGGAACACAUCUCCAUGGAGCUGGCAAGUAAAGGACCUCACAAAUCCCAAGUCCAGCUCCGGUACUUGCUACAUAUUUUCAUGGAGGCAGGGUGUCUGGAUUGGUGCAUUGUCAUAGGCCUGAUUCUUAGAGAAUCUUCAGUAAUCAAUCAGAUUUUGGUUAUUGCACAGUCUUCAGAGGUAGAUGGAGAGAUGUUACAAAACAUAAAGAUAGGACUUCAUGCAGUGGACAGAUGGGCCUCUACAGAUUGCCCUGGAUAUAAGCCAUUUUUAAACAUCAUUAAGCCACAACUGCAGAAGCUCAGCGAGAUAACAGAAGAGCAAGUCCAGCCUGAUGCCUUCCAACCAAUAGCAGUGAGUAAGACUCCUGAACAGACUAGCCCUAGGGCAGAGGAGAGCAGGGGCUCCUCUGGCCAUGGAAGUGUCUCCCAAUGUGAGGUUGGGGGUAGCAGUAUAGUUACCCGGAAAGAAGAGGACACAGCCCAAGCAGAAGAGGAGGAACCAUUUCAGGAUGGGACUUAUGACUGUUCUGUGUCCUAACAACAGUAAGUAAUGUCACAACAGGCAGUAUUAGCACCGGUGUGCAGCUGAGUGCACGGUGACCUAGUUGAAUGAUUUAAAAGGAGAACUCAGCUCAGAGACUCUUUGGUAAAGUAUUAUAUAUUUUAAUGAACUCUUUCUCUAAGAAAUCUCUUGGACUCCAUUAAAAAUGUGAUAUGAAAUAAAACAUCUUUCAUAAUUUUUUUUAAAGCUGCAGUGGAAAUGCUGUUGUACAGGUGUACAUUUUUUUUGUUUUAUUCAAAGGUUGGUAGCUUGCAAACCAUAGGGAUAAUUUUGUCCUGGAUGAGCUUUUUCAUAACUUAGUUUCAUAUGUUUUAUGGUUCAGCACCAGGUCUAAACUGCUUUUUUUAAAAUAAAUGCUAAGGUGCUUGCUGUAGCUCAUUGAGCACUUGAGCUACCUGUUUGCUUCCUUGGAUAGAGCUCACUGGACUCUCUAUUUGGUUCUCUGAAAAGAUGACUACCCUUGCACUUAUGCUAGUGCAAUGGAGACAUUCUCCUUGACUUUACUAGCCUUUAAAUCUCAGACCUGAAUUGAUGAAAGCUUAUUUACCUGUCAGUUAAUGUGCCUGUUUUUAGCUAGCUUGAUUCCUACUAGAUCCACUAGGCAGUGGUAUGAGGGGUUAUCAAUCAUGCUGAUACCGCUAAACUAUUUUGUAUCAAAAAACUAUACCUUUUUGUAAAUGCUCUUGUGUAAAAUAUACUCAAAGGCACUGUUCAUAUUUCUAAGGCCUGUGUUAUAAUUUGUAAGGUUUUACUGGAUUCUGCAUGAGUAAAGAUACCUACUCUUAGAAUAAAGACAGGGCUUGCGCUUCUUUCCAGAAAUGAGCAGCCUUCAAAAUGGAACAUGCAUUUAGUGGCUUGGUCAUAAAGUCACAGAAAUGGUCCCAAUGAUCAUGAAGUGGAACAGGUUUUGUUCAAAUUAAUGUUUCUUAUUUAUUGCUUUUGUAAAUUGAAUAAAAAUGGACUUUGAUGUAAAUACACAGCUGAAUCCUAUAUUAUCAUGGCUACUAAAAAUAUGUAAAGAAUGCAUUCUUUAUUGUAAACUUUAAAAAUAUUUUAUGUAUUUCUAGAUAUGACAAAUUUUAGUUUUCAUACAUUAUGAAAACAGUACCACAUAUUCCUUAAUUGCUUCUGACUAAACACAUGUCCACUAUAUGUAAUUCUGAUUAUCUAAAAACAGUAUUAAUUUAGAUAGGUUGUUUGUACUGUGCAAUUUGAACAAGGAAUGCAAUGUAAUUUUUUUUAUAAAAACGUGUUUAUUUUUGUAAGUGUAUUAGAUGUGGACCAAAUCCAUACCACUAUGUGAAACAGCCUCUCUUCAUAGUGCAGUUAUAGUUUAGAAUUAAAACCUGGUCCUCUAUCCUUGCUUUUUAAAGUACAUAGCUAGAUUUAGUUGUCUGUGCCAGAUUUCCUUUGAAGGGAAACUCAAUCAUUUUGAAAUUGCUUAUUUCAAAAUUUAUCAACUAUUGAAAAUAAUAAGAGUUUGGUAAUUUACUAUUAUUUACUUAUUACAUUACAAGUGCAAUAACUUCACAUAAUAAAACUCCUGAAUGGGUGGAAUAUGUGACUACUGGUACCUGGUUCUUCUGGUGCUCCUUUUUAAGUCGUCAGUUCAAACCACCUUUCUCUAAAUCUCAAGAUAAAAAAAUAAACCAGUGCAAAAAGAAACUAAACUGAAAUAUCUUCUCCUGUCCUAAUCCAUUAGGGGGAGAAAAAACAGCAUUACAUUUGUGUGUCAUGUGAAUAUUCAGUCAAUAAAAAUGACUUACCAUUUAAACAGUUGUGAUCUUUUCAGAUAUCCUAAAUAAAACACUGCUGAAUUCAUCUCACAUCCUUGAAAGCAGGACACCAAUAAGUUAACAUUAUUUCUGUAAUUUAGCCUGUGAAACUUUUCUAUAAAAUGAUCACUUUUUAAUUACCAGAUAUAAGCUGUCUCAAGGUAAGAAAUUUGGCAAGGUUACAGAAAAUUUCCCUCUGAUAGUUUGUUAUAUACUUUAAUUUUUAAAAGCUCACUUUAUUUUGCUAUCUUAUUUGGUUAAAAUACGAACUGUUUAAGCCAUAAUUUAACCAAUGCACUUAAAUAUUCAGUGUAACUAUUUGAAGGUUACUAAAUACAUUUAAAUUAUUUGCUGAUACCAAAAUAAGUCAUGGGGUAGAGUCGAGAUUCACUUGUAAUUAAAAUUGCUACUGCCUCUGUAACAUGUAUUUUUUACUUGGUAAAGAGCAAUAAAACCAUUCUACAAA